AGUUGGCGGUAGCCAAUGAGAUGCGAGCCCCACCGAGAGUAAUGUUACAGAACCGAAGACCGAGUGAGGAGACUGCGUAUUGCUAUUGCUCCCACAUACAGCCAUUGCAGUGUAUUGAGGUACAGCGACAGCCCUUGAUAUCUUGACAAGAUGGUUAGAGAGCCAGGAAAGCCGAGGGGCAAAAUGUCCUCUUACGCAUACUUCGUGCAGACUUGCAGGGAGGAGCACAAGAAGAAGCACCCCGAGGCCUCGGUGAACUUCUCCGAGUUCUCCAAGAAGUGCUCUGAGCGAUGGAAGACCAUGUCGGCCAAGGAAAAAGGCAAGUUCGAGGACUUGGCGAAACUGGACAAGGUGCGCUACGAGCGGGAGAUGAAGAACUACAUCCCGCCGAAGGGGGAGAAGAAGAAGAGGUUCAAGGACCCCAACGCCCCCAAAAGACCCCCGUCGGCGUUCUUCAUAUUCUGCGCCGACUACCGCCCCAAGGUGAAGGGCGAGACCCCGGGGCUGUCCAUCGGGGACGUGGCCAAGAAGCUGGGCGAGAUGUGGAACGGCACCGCCGCCGAGGACAAGCAGCCGUACGAGAAGAAGGCCGCCAAGCUGAAGGAGAAGUACGAGAAGGACAUUGCCGCCUACCGCGCGAAGGGCAAAGUCGUUGAUUCUGGCCCCAAGAAGGCCAUGGCCAAGGUGGAGAAGGCCAAGAAGAAGAAGGAGGAGGACGACGAUGAUGACGACGACGACGAUGAUGAUGAUGAUGAGGAAGACGAGGAGGAGGACGAAGAGGAUGAUGAAUAGAUCAGUUACUCGUAGAGCUUAGAUUUCUUGUUAAUAAAGCAUUUAACCCCCCUGUACACACUUCACUUAAACAAAAAAACAAAAAAAACACAAACACACACAAAAAAAUAAAUAAAAAAAGAUUAGAAACAAAAACCAAACAAAAAAAAAAAGUAAGGCUGUGUAUAUGAUAUGUUUUUAAGCUGUACAGUUUUUUUCCUCUCCUUUUCUUUUUGUAUAGUUAACACUACAAAAGUGUCAUCUGUGUUCUUUUUUUUUUUUUUACUUUCUUGCAGUGGUAGUUCAAGCCAAUGAUCCAUGCCUGGUACAGUUUAAUGGGGGUUGUAAAACGGCUUGGAGGCAAUGGGAUUCCUAGUGCACAGCACACCAGCUAGUUUUAUGUGGGGUUGUAGUUCUUUCCCAAAUGUAUGUUUUUUUUUAUUAUUACGUAUUAUCAUUUAAUAAAAAAAAUUUGCCGUAUCAUAAGGUUCUUUUACUGUACUUUGAAUACCACUCUGUAAUUG